AUGCUCGACGUGAACGAUUUCAUUGCCGAGCGCGGCGGCAACCCUGAAGCGAUUAGGGAGAGCCAACGGAAGCGCUUCGCCUCUGUCGAAGUUGUCGACGAAGUCAUUGCCAUGUUCGAGGACCACCGUAGGACUGCGUACUCGGCCACCCAGCUCAAUGCUAGAAUCAACGAGGUCCAGAAACAAAUUGGCCCCAAGAAGAAGGCCAAAGAGGACGUCACGGAUCUCUUGAAGCGAAAAGCCGACCUGGAGAAGGAGAAGAAGGACCUUCUUGCCUUGGCUCUUGAGAAGGAGGCCCUUCUGAAGGUCAAGGUUAAAACUAUCGGCAAUCUUGUCCACGCCUCGGUUCCUGUCUCAAACAAUGAGGACAACAACACCGUCGAGCGGACCUGGACCCCCGAGGGCGUCGCGUUUGAGAAGAAGAACGUCCUUUCUCAUCAUGAGGUGCUCGCUAGACUGGAUGGCUACGACCCGGAGAGAGGUGUUAAGGUCGUGGGUCACCGAGGAUAUUUCCUGCGUGGCUGGGGCGUGUUUCUUAACCAGGCUUUGAUCAACUACGGCCUCGAGUUCCUAUCUCAGAGAGAAUACAUACCACUCCAGACGCCACAGCUCAUGCUUAGAGAGCAAAUGGCGAAGACCGCCCAGCUCUCCCAAUUCGAUGAGGAGCUGUACAAGGUCACUGGUGACCAGGCGGACAAAUAUCUUAUUGCGACCUCCGAACAACCAAUUAGCGCCUUCCACAGCGACGAGUGGCUUCAGCCUCGCGACUUGCCCCUUAAGUAUGCUGGAUACUCGACAUGCUUCCGUAAGGAGGCUGGAGCGCACGGGAGAGAUGUAUGGGGCAUUUUUCGUGUCCACGAAUUUACCAAGGUCGAGCAAUUCUGCCUCACCGAACCCGAGAAGUCCUGGGAGAUGUUUGAGAAGAUGAUCUCAACCUCGGAAGACUUUUACAAGUCCCUCAAUAUCCCCUUCCGCGUGGUUGCCAUCGUCUCGGGAGCUCUCACUGCUAAGAAGCUUGAUCUCGAGGCUUGGUUCCCACACCAAGGAGAAUUCAAGGAACUCGUGAGCUGCUCCAACUGCACUGAUUACCAGAGCCGAGAUCUCGAUAUUAGAUACGGCGUCAGAAAGCAGACAGAUGUAAAGAAGACAUAUGUCCAUGCCCUCAACUCCACCCUCACCGCCACGACAAGAACACUCUGUGCCAUCCUGGAGAAUUUCCAGACGGAAGAGGGCCUCAAUGUUCCGGAGCCGCUGCGGAAGUACCUUCCUGGGGCCCCCGAAUUCGUCCCCUUUCCCCAGGCCCCUAAAAAGGAGGUGACCAAGGAUAUCCCCGUUCGUUAA